CUGCCCAUCCUGCUCCGGUGUGUCUUACGUUGGAGUCAUCUUCAGGUUUCCGAUCAGCUUCCAAGCAGCGCUUGCUAAGACCAGCGGCCCCAAAAACCCUCGAACACAAACUCACUGGCUAAGUUGACAUUUCCAAACAUGACCGGUGGACAGAGACAGCGGCGGAGCAUGCCAAAGGUUCGCACGGGUUGUGCCACCUGCAAAGCUCGCCGCAUAAAGUGCGACGAGACCCGACCGGGCUGUCGGCGAUGCACUCGCACCGGUCGGAUCUGUCCUGGCUAUCGAUGCGAUACCCUUCUUCGACCCACGAUCAACGACGCAAUCAAGAUCUAUAGCCUCCCUUUCAAAGUACCAGGCAGCAAGGCCGACCGCGAGUUACUUCACUUCUACUGCUGCGAAGCGUCCGAGACUCUUUCCAGAUUCUCCGAUACCACACUAUGGACGCACCUUGUCUUGCAGCAGAGCCAACACCAGCCAGUCAUCCGCCAUGCUCUCGUGGCGCUCAGCGCUCUCUACCGAGACUAUUUGCAAGUGGGAUCACAGCAGCUGAAGAUGUCCCCGCAACACAUACAGCUGAUAGCGAGAUCUCACAAGCAGUUAUCAACGCACCUGGCCUUUCAGGAUGCCUCGCCAGAAACGGCUCUCAUCUGCAGCAUCAUAUUCUACGUCUUUGAGUGUCUUGUCGGUAAUUCACAACAGGCGAUAUGGCAUCUCGACCAGGGCUUAGCACUAUUGCAAAGCCUAUGGAAUAGCAAAGCCAGCCUCGAUGUUGGUUUUGAUGGGAUGCACCGACAAUUGAGAAUGAUUUUUACGCGAUUAGAUAUUCACGCCAGUCUAUUCAUAAUGGGAAGAGCUCCCGUCCUUGAUCUUGUUUCACCACAGCAACUAUCAGGACAAGCUCAUGUCGUGCCUGAGCAUUUUACAUGUCUUGCACAUGCCGAGGAAGCCCUACUUGCGCUCCAGAGUUGGACAUUACGCCAUCUUCACUUCUAUGUUGACUUUAAGGGGGUGCCACAAGAUCGACUACCCCCACAGGCUCUCAGUGAGAGACUCCAAAUAAAAGAUGAACUCCGGCGACUGGAGAUAGCAAUUGCAGACUUGGCCACAGGAGUCAACGCCCAUUCUUUCACGCCUGCACAACACCAGCAACUGACAUUAAUCGAUAUCCAAGCGCGAGUCUUCUACGCUGUAAUUCUAGAGUACAUUAUCCAACACACGAAUUCAGAAGUUGCAUCUCGAUUGAAUUUCGCCAUGGACCAAAUUACCGACAUUCUCUCCACUGGCGGGAGAAAAGAUGAUUCCGGCUUGUACCGAGAUUUCACUCUCUCCUCGAACAUUAUUGCCUUGUUAUAUUUCAUUUGUAUGAAGACUCACGAUCGGCGGGUGCUGGAUCGAGCGCUGUCUUUGAUGCAGAGUCAUCUUGCAUCGGCACGGGAUGGGCUUUGGGACUCGAGCAUGGCCGUGACUAUAGUCAAGGCUGUGCAAGAGAAAAGCGGGCAAGAUGAUGGUCCCAAAAUGGCUCUUAGCCUCGAAUAUGUCGAUGACAGGGUUGUGGAUGCUGACGGGGGAUUGGAUGGGGCGUUCAGGACGUUGCAAAUUCCGGAACAGAGUUGCUAGUUGAGGGUGUUCGAGUAAGCGUAGAGAGCAUUACGAAGAAUUUCUAAAUUUGUGCAUUACCC